UUCUUCAUCAACAAAACAACUUUCAAUCUCAUCGGUUGUUCAAUCAGUUUACCGGACUUUAUCAAAACCUCGAAAUUUAUUUUAAGUCUUAAUAGUUGUAAAGGUGUCCCUUACACGGAUAAUUUGUGUAUGUUUCGCUGCCUAGCGAUUUUACGAGACCCUUCUAGAAACAAUUUAUCAGAAGAUGCAAAGAAAGCUGCUCAAUGUUUUGCACAAAUAACGGGGAAAGACCCGAGUGAGGGUGUUUCAAUUUUGGACUUUGAAAAAAUAGAAGACUGUUUUCAUGUUCGUGUCAACGUAUUUUCGUUAAUAAAUCCUGAUACUGCUAUCGUUAUUCGGAGAAGUCCAUCUACAAACUCAUAUGAUACGCUCAACGUCAACUUUUACCAAAAUCAUUUCAGCUACAUCACAGAUAUUAGAGGGUACGCAAAGAAUUACCAAUGUGAAUCCUGCCAAAAGUUAUGGCAUCGUCUGUGGGGCCUAAAUAGACAUCUAAAUCAUUGUUCAAGUAAUCGGAAAGAAAAAUAUUCCGGUGGUGUGUAUGAGAAGCAGACCACAGUCUUCGAAAGACUUAGAGAUUUCAAUAUUAAUAUCCCCUUAAAGCACCAAUUUUAUCCUUACCGAGUUACUUUCGAUUUUGAAUGCUAUUUCCCUUCAACAAUUCAAAUUGAAGAUACUAAACCACCAAAUAUCUCAAAGAGCAUGUACCCCUUAGUGUUGGGAUAAACUCUA